CGGGCGGCAAUUUUACGGAUGCAAAAAAUGGAAGGAUCGGUUGGGUUGUGGGUACUUCCUUUGGAAGGAAGACCUUGUAUGCUCAAGAAAUGACAAAGAUAAUGAUGCAGUCACACAACUUGAUUCUGCAGAAACCAAAGCAACCACAGUUGAGGACUUGAAGGCCCUGAUGUUAGCACAACAGAGUGAUAUUACUGUGAUAAAGAAUAUCCUCCACAGGGAAGCUAAAGUAAAGAAAAUCUGGAAAAAAAUGUGUCUACUUUUUGUAAUAGUUUUUGUGGCUGCUUUCAUGGGAAGGGAAGUAUAAGCUUUGGUAUGAAUUGCAGUGUUGUUUAGUUGAUGGUAGUGGUUGCUAUGUACCGG